GAUUCUUGUGCCGCUGCGAGGGCAGAAAUUCUCGGACACGGAGCACGUAGCACGUAGCACGCAGAACGCUUCGGAAUCAGCGAGCGGCGAGCGGCAACGACUGCGCCCCAAAACAUUGCGCAUACGACGUGUGGACCGACGCCGAGUGGCACAAAUAAAUAGUUCACAUUUGCUUGGCUGCUGCUGCUGCCGUUUGUUUGUUUGGCCCUGUUUGCCCAAUUGUUGUUGCUGCUGCCGGAUUUCUAUUUGUUUUUUCUGUGAUUUCUUUUUUUUUUCCUGUUUUUUGAUAAAUAUUCUGCGGUGUUUUGUGCCUCGUUGUGUGUGUCCGUUUUUCGGUUAUAUUUGAAAAGCGUAUCGCGAAUGGGAGUUUUGUGAUUCCACCCGCGGAAUUCCCCCCGUUUCAUCCCCCAUACCCGCAAUUUAUCAGCAACUCAUAGAUUGCGAUUUUUCGGUUGACAUGUAGCUGGGAUUCUGGGCGUGUGGCACUGUGGCACUGUGCGGGUGUGUUGUUGUUGGCGGUGGUGGCAGAAAGGAAAAAGGGGCAAGGAUCCGGAAUCGGUAUCGUAAUGCAAAGACGGCGAUAUGGCACUGCAAGGCUGGCGCUUUUUCGGUGUCUCGGCAACCAUCAUCAUCUACAUCGGCGGCGUUUUGUUCCUCUCCAUGAACAACAUUCCCGGAUCGCAUCCCAAAAGACCGCGCAUCGAACGCUUCGCCGAGUUUCCAAGCUUUCAUAGUCCUCGGUUUCCGAUGCCCAGCCGAAAGAUGACGAUACGCUGGUGUCGCGACCUAAAGUACAUAAAUCGAGAUCUUCCAAUCUACGCCGACUACAAAGCCGACUUCUACACGGCCCUGCCCAGCGAUGUGAGUGCCGCCCUGCAAUCCCUGCCAGCUUUGACCGCCUUGGCGAGUUUUCCGGGGAGUGGGAACACCUGGUUGCGAUAUCUUCUUCAGCAAUCGACGGGAAUCCUCACGGGCAGUAUUUACAAGGACUAUGGCCUGCUGAAGACCGGCUUUCCGGCGGAGAACGUGUGCAACAGCUCAGUAUUACUGGUGAAGACCCACGAGUGGGGCAGCAAGGCGUGGGCGCCCUUCUCCAAGGCGAUUCUCCUCGUCCGGGAUCCCGAGAAGGCGAUCAUCGCCGAGUUCAAUCGCCAGAGUGGCGGCCACAUCGGAUUCGCAUCUCCGGAUCGCUACAAGCGCACCAAGGGAAAAUAUUGGCAGCAGUUCGUGAGCAAUAAGCUGAAGGGCUGGGAGGUGAUGAACCUCAGCUGGGCGCGCAACUUCACCGGCGGCAUCAAGGUGGUGUUCUACGACGACUUGGUGCACCACACGGAGCGGGAGCUGCGCUCCAUCCUGGAGUUCCUGCAGUUUCCGGUUAACGAGCAGCUGAUGCGGUGCGCCAUCAUGCGGAAGGAGGGCAUCUUCCGGCGGAAGAAGCGACUGUUAUCCUUCGAUCCUUACACGGAUGCCAUGCGAGCCGAAGUCCAGAAUCGCCGGCGAAUCGUCUACGGAAUUCUGGGGCGUCAGGAGCCAUAGGAUAUCUAUACCCACACACACCCACGCACAACACAGAAACACAAACGUUCACAAUUAAUUGUUUAAGAACUCUGGGCAACGAGAAGGGGAAUCGAAUUCGUACCACCAACAACAAGAAUGAAAAAAUAACAAAAGAGGAAUGAAAGUAGAAAGUAGUCACAAUUGCAACGAUGCACAAGGCAAAUGGAAUUGCAACCGACGAAAAUCCCGACUCAUCACGAUACGUAGGACCAUAGAUCUCAUCCACAGGGAGUCAGCAAUAGUUAGUAAUGCCCCUCCAUUAUUAGAUCCAUUUUUGCCCCUCCAGAAAAAAAAAAAGAUCGUUCCGAAUCGUUUGCUGCUCGCUUGGCGCAUUAGUUCAAAUUCAGUUCAAACUCUAGUUAUGAUAUGGUAUUUAUGGUAUUUAUAUAGACGCAUACACUUAGGUUGAUACAUGUACGUACGAGUAUUUGGUAUAGGCUAUACAACAAGGUAUUAUGAUUCCUGAACGAAUUUAUGAAAUUCAUUAUAGGCCAUGUUGUGCUUCAUCGCUCACCCACUCAAAAUGAAACUCAACUCAACUCAUCCGCAACUUAUCCUUUGAUCGCGUUGAGGUCCCAUAUUAGACUAUCCUUGUAAAAAGUUUUAUACACGACUCUACAAUAACUUGUGAAAUAUUAACGAUGGAACGUAUUAGAUAAUUGUACAAAAAACGAAAACCGAGAAAUCGAAUGAGAAACAAUGAAGAGAAUUUAAA